CAGAGCAGCGUGUGUGUGUGUGAGUGCAAGCAGAGCAGUGUGUGUGUGUGUGAGUGCAAGCAGAGCAGCGUGUGUGUAAGGGAGAGGGUGGGGAAUCCAGCUGAAUUCUCUGCGUUUGAUGUCACUGUGCCUGGCUCGGUGACGUUGCCUCCUACUGGGAAAGGGUCCAUUCUGCUUCAUUGCUAAGGCUGCCGCUGCCUGGUUUUCCUUGGCUUUCCUCCAUUUUUCAUCCUUCGCACCUGCAAGUGAUUCCAUGCACCGACGAGCAUUUCCCACAUCUUCCAGCUGUUGUGUUUCCAUCUCCGCCGCCCCGGAGCCUGUCAUCCUGCCAGCAUGCUUCCCAUGAAGUGACCACCGGAUCCCAGAACGUUAGAACCAUGUCUAACACAAGCAACAGAGACACCAAAACCCAAUGUCUACCGCGUAAUGGGCUGGUGAAGAUUCCUUCUCCCACCAACGGCCUGGGCUCGGCCAGUAUUACCAAAGGGACUCCGGCAGUGAAGAACCGCCUGUGCCAGCCCCCUUCUGUACCCUCCAUCCUCAGCCAAGCCUUCCCCAAGCACGCCGAGCAUGUUAACCCUUCCACCCUGCCCAUCUUGCCCCCACCCCCCACGCACAGUAUCCCCCUCGGACUGAGUCCUGAAGAGGAGAAUCUUUCAAUGCCUUGUGACCAAUCAGCAGACAGAGUACAGAGUCCUGAGAUGAACUGGCACCUUGCCCUAGAUGAGAAGAUUCUUACCCGUCUUUUCUGUUACUUCUCGGCCUGUGAGAAGUGCAUUUUGGCUCAGGUGUGCAAGACAUGGAGGCGAGUUCUGUACCAGUCCAGGUUUUGGCUAGGCCUGACCCCUGUCUUGCACGCCAAGGAACUGUACAACGUGCUGCCCGCUGGCGACAAAGAGUUUGUGAACCUGCAAGGAUUUGCUGUGCGGGGAUUUGAGUCUUUCUGUCUGGUUGGGGUAUCGGAUCUGGAUAUCUGUGAGUUUAUUGAUAACUACCCGCUUUCCAAAAAGGGAGUCAAGUCUGUGAGCCUUAAGAGGUCGACAAUCACGGAUGCAGGACUGGAGGUGAUGCUGGAGCAGAUGCAGGGAGUGGUACGUCUGGAGCUGUCGGGCUGCAAUGACUUCACUGAGGCUGGCUUGUGGUCGAGCUUACACGGGCGCAUUACAUCUCUAAGUGUCAGCGACUGCAUCAAUGUGGCUGAUGAUGCGGUGGCAGCCAUCUCCCAGCUCCUGCCCAACUUGGGAGAGCUGAAUCUCCAAGCCUAUCAUGUCACGGACACAGCUCUGGCAUAUUUUACUGCCAAGCAAGGCCGGGCCACACACACUCUCCGUCUGCACUCCUGCUGGGAGAUUACCAACCAUGGGGUUGUUAAUGUUGUCCACAGUCUACCCAACCUGACCGUCCUCAGCCUCUCUGGCUGCUCCAAGGUGACAGACGAUGGUGUGGAGUUAGUAGCGGAGAACCUGCGAAGGCUACGGGGUCUGGACCUGUCUUGGUGCCCACGGCUAACAGACACCGCCUUGGAGUAUAUCGCUUGUGACCUGCACAAGCUGGAGGAGCUGGUCUUGGACAGGUGUGUGCGGAUCACUGACACGGGACUCAGUUACCUGUCCACAAUGCCGUCUCUCCGCAGCCUGUACCUACGCUGGUGCUGCCAGGUGCAAGAUUUCGGCCUGAAGCAUUUGUUGGCAAUGAAAAGCUUACGACUCUUAUCUCUGGCAGGAUGUCCCUUGCUUACCACUACAGGCCUCUCUGGCCUGGUCCAACUGCAAGACUUGGAAGAACUGGAACUGACCAACUGUCCUGGGGCGACUCCGGAGCUCUUCAAGUAUUUCUCCCAGCACCUGCCUCGUUGUGUGGUGAUUGAGUAAGAUACCAGCAACACACUUUAAGCCGUCUCUUCCAAAUCAUUGACAGCACUGACCAUCAGAUCGGAGACUUUGGCUUGGGAAUCGAGACCAAGCCAUUGAUUACUGACACGCAAAGAGAGCAAGAUCCUGGGAGAUAUUUCACACUCCGGUUUGUGAAGGCUUCAUUCCAUGUCCCGAAGGAAGGGUUGUAUAUUUCCCACGUCUCAUUUCUUGUCUUCUCUGUCGUGGACUGUUUUGCAACUCAAAAGUAGAGCUGGUUCCCAUUCAAACCCCCAGCAGUGUCCUCUAUAAGGUUAACAUGGCAUGAGGAUUAGAGCAGUGGAGCUUUACUUGCUCUUAUGGAAAUGGUGGUUGUCCAUUAUUUGAGUUUUGGUGCUUUGGAAGAUGGUUAGAGAAGAUCUACUGGGACCCACAUAUAAUAAUUCCUGGAUAAUUAAAUGCCGACACUGUAUUGGCAAUAUUGAUUGAAGUAGGAUAUUCUGGGUCCACCAAUUAUCUGAAGAGGUUUCCAUGCAAAUUGAUGUUGGUAUGACUGGUCUGUUCUCUUAGAAAGAGUAACGAGAUGAAUGGGAUGACCACAAGAAGAGCCUAUGUGUUGACCCAAUGAUAAUUAUCAUCUACUCUGAGCCAGAGUCCUACUCCGCCUUCAUUCCACUUGGUUUGGACAUUUAUGCAUUUGCUGUGGUUCUACAAUCGCAAAGCUCAUAUGGUCUUUAGGUUUAGUCAUCGGUGCUGACAGAGCUUUGCAGCUGCAAUCAAAUGGUAUAUUGUUUGGCUUUUGCAGUUGAUUAAGGCAAGGGGGUCACAGGCUGUUCAUGCUUAGGGUUAUCCUAGGCCUUCUAUGGGGAGGAACCAGCAGCAGUUAUUUUCUUAGUUCUGCCCGGUGAUCAUUUAUUCUAAGUGGAUCAAGUCUCGAGCCAUCAGUUCUAUAAAAAGGACAGUACAGGGAUAUCGUGGACAUGGAGCAAACAUUGACCAGAGGAACCAUAAGCAAGAUAUGCCUUUGUGUAUAUAUGUGUUUGCUAAGGUGGACUGGGGGUCUCCCUCACAUUGCUUCAUAGCUUGCCCUAGUGCCUGUACAUUUUUUGCCCCUGCUUGUCUAAAAUUCAAAACAGAAGAUGGAAGACAGUAUCACCCACACUUUCCGUCCACAUCCUGGAAGGAAUAUUUCUUCUUGAGCUGAACCUGCUCCAAGAAAGUUGCCUGAGGAGCACAAAUGGUGAUAAAAUGAAAUGUUUUACCCCCUCUGAGACAUAAUCCAUUAGCCCCCCCUAGUGUCUCUACUUGUCCGUUAGUCUGUGAUCUUCUCCCUCAAUCUCAUUCCAGCAGUAGUCUCCCCUCAUCCUUACAAGUUCUUUUUUCCUGUUCUCUGUCCCAAACUCUAUUUGCCCCCAGCUGGCCCAAACUCUAUUUGCCCCAUGAUCACAUCCUGCUUUGAAGAGCACUGUUUACAAAACAAUCUCGUGCUAUUUCUCACAUGCUUUAAAUAUAUUAAAAUAUCUAAUUUUUUCCUCCAGAA